CGCGCGCCUCCGUGCUUCAUGGUGGAUUACGUUAUUGUACUAUGUACAUUCGCGCAAAUGUUUACGAUGUAGUCUAAAAUACCCUGGUUUAUCUAGAACACACACGCUUGGAAAUACAGAACGCAACGAGGAAGGAGCCACGUGCUCGGAGGGAGUUGCUUUCUUUAGCAUAACCAACAGUGGAGGCCACCAUGGGGAUGCCAGAGGACUUAGCAGUGUCCAGGAAAGUGAACUUAACGACAGUCGGUAAAACAACCUUUCUGGACUCGGAGUUCCGCUACACACUCUUCCCAGUGUUCUACGGUGUUGUGUUUGUCCUUGGGCUGAUAGCCAACAGUUACGUGCUGUUCGUGCUGCGGCGCAUGCGCAAUGCCAAGGCCAUGAACGAGAUCCGCAUCUACAUGGCCAACCUGACUGUGGCCGACCUCCUCUUCGUGUGCGCCCUCCCCUUCUGGAUUGGCUACUACCACUGCAGCGGCGACUGGCGCUACGGCGACUUCCUGUGCCGUGUCACCGGCGUGUUCUUCUUCAUCAACACCUACUGCUCCAUCCUCUUCCUCGCCGCCAUCAGCGUCAACCGUUACUGGGCCAUCACGCGCCCGCUUGAUGCCGCCUCGUCCGACCGUUGGCGCCGCGGAGUGGCUGUCACCAUGGUUAUCUGGACGCUCACUCUGUCCAUGUCCGUGCCGCACCUCUUGAAGACGGGCAUCCAGGUGGAUGAGCGCAACGUGUCGCGCUGCUUCGAGGGCUUCCACCACAACACUGACGACGAAAAGCGUACAGUGGCCACCAUCCACCUCAUCAUCGUGGGGUGCUUCGUCUUGGUCUUCUUCGUAGUAGUAGUCUGUAACCUGCUCAUAUCCCGGGCCCUGCUCGCCCAGUCCCCUAUCCAGACUCGGGGCUCUAGUUCAUACAUGCCCCGGGGGGUGAAGGGCCAGGCCCUGCAGAUGCUGUGUGCCGUGGUGGGGGUGUUUGUGGUGUGCUUCCUCCCCCACCAUGUGGUCCAGGGCCCCUGGACUCUGGCUGUACUGGAGAUCAAGGAGGGCUGGGGCAGCAUGGACUGGGACCAGCGGACCAGGCAGUGGCUUAACGACGCCCACCAGGUCACCUUAAUGCUGAUGGGGCUCAACUGCCUCCUGGACCCUGUGGUUUACUGCUUCGCCACCAGGAAGUUCCGCCUGUACAUCAAGGACCAUCUGAAAAAGUUGGGGAGGGGCAAAGGAUGCUCGGAAACAGCCAUCACACAGAUUUCUAUGGUGGAGUGCAAGAUUAUGAGCCAGCGGCUCCAUAGCGAGCAGCAGCAGCUCCAGAUUUAAAUCUCUAGCUAACAUUGUAUUGUAAACAUUGUGGCUAAUGCUUAUGCUGACUGUUGAUAGUGACCACAUCCUCAGGAUGCUUCAUUCCAUCACACCCACAUCUAACAAUGCACACAUAGUGCAGAACGUGCACUCUGUUAUGUAGCCUCAUGUUCAUUCAGACACAUUCACAUGAACAGAUGCAACACCACACAGCCCCACCCAGAGUAUGGUUCCUCUGUAGAUUUCUUCCCUGUAGGGAUUUUUUCCUGGCCACUGUGCCAGCUAUAAUCAGUGCUUUCAGGAGUCUUUGGACCAUUGAUUCUUUGUUUUCACUUUUCAGUUGUACUGUACAUUGUAUCUCACAAUGUAUCUUACACUUUGUUCUUGUGACAGACUUGCGACUUCAAUUUCAUCACCUCUGUUUCUUCCUGUUCUUCUAGUGUAAUUAGAGGAGAAAAUCUGAAGUUUUAUAGGGAUCUGGAGCUUCUAUAAAUGAUAGCACAAUAGCUCUAUAAACUCCGUCCCAAGCCACUAGACUAGAUCGUUAGAUAAAAUAGAUGGUGCAUUUACUCGGAUAGUCCUAUCACUGUUGGAGCCUUCUAAAUUCGGUGCUGAACAACAGCUAGUCAUGAGCAAGGAAUUGAAAAUUCCUCGGUCUUGAGCACCUAACAUGGACACAUAUUUAAGUUCAUGCAUGUUGAGAUAAGCAAAUCUUUGUAAUGAACUGAAAUUGUAAUUGCCAAACGAGCUAUGUAGAAUUGCAUGGAUUUUAGCCUACAGAGUAUUUUAGCAUACUCUCACCUGUGGUACAAUGUGAAAUUGUAUUUGUUUUGCAAUUUUGGAGGAUUGCAAAAGAAAUACUGGGAGCCCAGAAGUACUUUCGGUCACACUUUAUUUGGAUAGUCCAGAUAGUCCAUUUGUAGAUGCUCUACAGAGAGGUCAUACUAUCAACACACUAUUUGUUGACAAGCAACUGCUUGCUAAGGUUAGGGUUAGGGUUAGAAUAAGGGUUGGGUUAAGGUUAGGGUUGGGAUAAGGGUUAGGGUUAAGAUUAGGGUUAGGGGUUAGUAGAUAGUUGAAAUGUUAGUGAUAGUCUGUAGAGAGUCCAUCUGUAGAUGGUUUACAGACUAUCCAAAUAAAGUGUUACCAGACUUUAAAAAAUAUGUGAUGCAUUGCAAUUAUUGUUAAAGCUAGUUAUUGUAAAGAAUGAGGGAAUAACAAGCUUCACAGUCCUUUUACAAGGCUGGUAACCAUGUGAUGAACUUGAUGACUUCUCAACUGCCAGCUACUGAAGUAUUAACAGAGAUGAGUGGGUUAUAAAGUUAAUGGACCUCUGGUAUAAAUGUUGCAGUAACUGUAACUCUAUGUUUUCGAUGCAAUUAAAAUGUGUUGUGUAGCACGCUGUACUGCAUUCUCAAAUGUAAAUCUGAUAUAACAGAUAUAUUGUUAUUGAAAUACCUGUUUUUUGUUUCACAAUAAAUGUUUUAUUCAAGGC